AUGAGUUUACCACGGCUACCUAUCAUCGCUGGUCAAGUUGCCAUCGCUCCAUCUCCUGCUCCACCUCCUGCAAGUGUUCCUCCUCCAUCUGCUAUUCGUGUUUCGUCGCUCCGAUCCGAUGAUGCCACCGCAUCUCAGCCAAAGAAGUUGGAAGUGGUUUCCAAGCAAGCCACAAAAGUCACUGCCCUGUCAACCAAGCUCGAAUGGAAAAUCGAUCAGGUAUCGCGGGAUAAAAUGGCAGGUGCGCUGAGAGCUGAUGGUUCGCUUCUGUUGAUAUGCGAGGUCUGA